AUGGUUGCGCUCAACCUCCUCCUCGCCGCCACGCCUCUGGCGGCAGCACAGUCGCUAUCAGACCUCUACCUUGACAGUGCCCCUUCGUCACCCCGUCCUUAUAUCAUUCCCCACUACGCCAACAGCCAUGCCGUCACAAUCGGCGCCCAGCUCUACCGGUUUCCCGUUACCGGCCCUGCCUCUGACUAUGCCUUCACGCUGAUGAGCACCAACGCCCCUGCCAGUGGCAGCCUUGGUGUCCUCCCGCACAUCCAUCAGAGGCACUAUGAGAACUUUUUCAACUUCAAGGGCCGCUUCCAGCUGUGGGCACAAAAGGGGGAUGGCGAGCAGGAAGCCCGGCUUCUGACCCAGGGCGACUACGGCUCUGUCCCGCGGAACACGACGCAUACGUUCCAGAUACUCGAUCCAGAUACCGAGAUGGUCGGGGUUAUCUCGCCCGGCGGCUUUGAAGACCUGUUCUACGCGUUGGGAACAAAUUACUCGGACGCGACGAACACGCCGUAUGUCCCGGCCGCCAGCAAUGGGACCUCGUCCCCGGGGGCGGACGUGAUCUCCAGCCUGCAGAAGUACGAUGUCUACGCACAGCUGGACUUUGAGCCGACGCGAGACCUGGUCAAUGGAUCGUCGUCCACGACGUCGUCGUGGCACGCGAUCGAUUCCUCUGCGACACCGCUCGGCGAGCCUGGCCAGCCCUACUUCAUCGCCAACAACUACGGCCCCAAGUAUUUGAACUCUCGACACGGGAACUACCAGAUUGUCCAGCCGCUGGUCACGAAUGCACAAUCGCAGGACACAAACUUCACGCUCUCCACCAUUGUUAUGAGCCGUCAGCAUUCCGAAAUGGUAGAUACGUGGAAGGCCAACGGUGCCUGCGCAUUCGAGGUCCUUGAAGGCUCGGUCCUCAUCAAGAUCGGUGCGUACCCUGCAGCUAGACUGGAGACUGGCGAUGUCGCGUUUGUGCCGAAGAACACUGCGUUCCGGUAUUGGACGACUGGAAGCUACGCCAAGGUGCUUUAUGUUAGUGCCGGCCAGGAGGGUCUUGAUAAGCGUCUGAUUGAGAGAGGGGAGAACUGGAGCUAUCCCACCUUCCCAAAGAGCUGGAAGAAGACGGAGUUGUAA